AUGGAAGGUUUACAGCUCAUUCAAAGUCGGGCCAACGUCAACGCCAGAGACAAUCUUGGAAGGACUCCUCUUCAUGCAGCCGCCUAUGCUGGAUCACUGGAGGCCGCCAAGGUCCUUGUAAAGUUUGGUGGUGACAUUUCAUGGUUCUUGAUUUCGCUGGCAUCGCCUCCUCAGGGUUCCCCGGCUGCUUCCGCCCCUCAGUCCCCCCUCUCUCAACGAGGCUCGUCCACCAUUGACCGUGAAGAGAAAACUUCAAGGAGUGCGCCCAUUGCAUCUCCUUCCAAGUUUGCCAGCCCCAUCCAAAACGAAGUGCAUUACAAUCUCUACACGCCUGCGCGGAGGUAG